CUUCUAUAGGACUCAGAGGACUAUAUAAACCCCUCAGACACACUCACUGUCACCUACAGCUCUCUGAGUGGACACACACUCACUCUAACACACACACUCUAACACACACGCAGCAUCAGUCAUGAAGGUCCUGCUCGUCCUCGCCCUCGCUGUUUUCACAGGUAAGAAACUGAAAAAUCUCAUCGGACGAUCAUUCGUCUCUCAGUGUCUCUCAGUCUGAAUCAUGUUGUUUUCUUCUCUGCUCUCUCAGCAGGGUGCGAUGCCCACGCCGUGUGGAAUAAGCAGCCCAAGCAGCAGGUCGACAUGGUCAAAGACGCUUUCUGGGACUACGUGGCGAAGGUGACCACGACUGCUGAGGACUCCAUGAAGCAGAUCAGGAACUCCCAGUUAGGAAAAGACGUGAAGUAAGAUCCUUAAACCCUGAAACUUCUUCAACGUGGACUUUUAGGAUAAUAAUAAUAAUAAUAAUAAUAAUAAUAAUAAUAAUAAUAAUAAUAAUAAUAAUAAUAAUAAUAAUAACAAUAAUAAUAAUAAUAAUAAUCAUAAUAAUAACAACAACAAUAAUAAUAAUAAUAAUAAUAAAAAUAAUAAUAAUAAUAAUAAUAAUGGACGCUCUCGUGGAGGUCAGAGUCGACGGUUCCUCUCAGAUCUCCUGGUUUGAUGGUUGCUGAACGUGGACGAGGCUGACGGAGGCCGAGUUUGUGUUCCACAGAAUGAUUUCAGAUUGUUUAACUUGUGUUCCUGCAGCACCCUCAUCUCUGAGAGCACCGAGGCCGUCAACAAGCUCACCGUCGCCCUGCAGACCCAGGUGGCUCCUCUGACCCAGAACCUCAUGACCAAGUUCACCCAGGAGGUCGAGCAGCUCAAGACUCACCUCCAGAAGGAUCUGGCCGCCAUGGGAGGCCGCCUGCAGCCGUACGCCGAGGACCUGGUCGCCCAGCUCCAGGCUCGCGUGGAGGAGCUGAGGAGGGACGUGGCCCCUCACGCCAAGUCAAUGGACCCCGAGUCCCUGAAGGCCGUCCUGCUGCAGAAGAGCCAGGAGCUGAAGAAGCAGCUGGACAAGAGCGUGAGCCAGCUGCAGGACCAGAUGGUCCCCUACGCCGAGGAGAUUAAGGAGAAGAUGGAGCAGAGUCUGGAUCAGUUCCAGAGGAGCGUGAUGCCCAUGGCCCAGAACCUCGAGACCCAGCUGACCCAGAAGACCCAGGAGGUCCAGCAGCGUCUGGUUCCCUUGGGGGAGGAGCUGAGGUCCAAGCUGGACUCAGACGCCGAGAUCCUGAAGAGGCAGCUGACCACUCUGUGGAAGUCUUUCGCUAAGAUGGCCCAGUAA